CACUCAUGUUCUCAACAAGACUCACUGUGAUCAAUGGCGCUUGUGCAAGUCACAAUAGGUCUUCAAGUCAUCGGUAUUCUGUGCGACGUUCAUAAGGCUCCGACUGAAGGGCAGGCACACUCCGUCUGCAGCGGGUGAGCGGGAUCAGCCUCUAGACUGUAGUCAUGCGGAAGCGCACAGCAAUAAAUGGGUCGAUAAGCAACAGGGCGGCGCAAGCAGACGCUUUCCAAGCUUCUUCCAAGCCCUUUCCUCCUCAUCCCAGUGCCACAGCCUUCGCUGUUGCUGCACCCGCGCCACUCCGCAGCGCCGACCGCCUGGCUAACACGCACCCGGCGCCUCGAUCAUCAAUACGCGACGAUCAUUGCAUAACCGGCCUGCCUGUGCCUUCUCUUUCUCCAGCCCCCAUCCGCGCCCCCACACGUACCUUGCUUUCACACUUCUACUUCCACCAUGGUUCGCAAUCAGUUCUACGAUGACCCGACCUCGCUGCCAAGCGGCGUGCAGCGCAUCGCGUACGACUCGGACUCUGGGCGGUACACGUUCCGGGACGAACAGGGACGUGUCUACUUGGGCAACCCCGGCGAGGGUUAUACCGCGUACGAGAACUCCAUCACUGCAAAGGAGACGCGCCCCAUGUUUAAUUCGGAGGACUUUCACGAGUAUAAUCCCGAGCACUCCAAGCUCAAAAGCUUUAGCGACAUCCUCCCCUCCUCCGCUGUCACCGCCGCUACUCCCGUCGACGACCAUCGCCAGAAGCACAACCGCAGCCCGUCCAAGCUCGCCAGCGUCGCGCGCAAGCUCACCAUGAAGAAGCCGAAGGACUCUCCCCGCAAGCGGCAGGAGAUGUCCCCGACGAAGGGCAUGCCCCGCAUGCACGACGUCGUCCGUGACGCGAUGUCAAGGGAGGACAUGGCCGAGCGCGAGCGCGAGCGGGCGUAUCGGGGCGAGCGGCCGCCUCAGAACGGGCACAGCGGGCAUCGGGGCUCGCCGAGCGGAGGGUACUCGCCGAGCGGUGGGUAUCACCAUAACCAGGGCAGCUCGCACAGUCAAGGCGGGUACCCCAGUCAUGGCGGCCAGCCGAUGUCCAGGGGGCAUGCCUCCCGCGGCUCAGACGACCCCUUCUCCGACGCGAACGCGGUGGCGAUCAAGACCGCCGCGGGCAUGCGCGGGCCCCCUCCGAAGCCCAUCGACUACCCGAGGCAGGAGGAGUACGACCCUCGGGUGCACGGCGAGUAUCGCAGGAGUCCCAGCCCUCGUAAAUACAGGGGUUAGACGUCGUAGCAAUGCCCCCUGCGUAGGGCGUAUCUGUGCGCGGCAUCGUCAUACGCGUUGCUUGCGGUCCUCCAUGGACGCGGACCUACCUGUAACUACUUCACUUGCUACACGCUACCGCGGGCGAUGGCCCCACUGACUGGCUGGUCCAUGCUUUCCUUUCCACAUAUGCUUUCCUUUUUGCUUCUUGCCCUCGUUUCCUUGCGUCGCCCUCUUUCCCUUCUGCUCCUCUGUAUGUACAACCGACCUUUUCCCCGGUAUUUACUUGGCCUGCUAUCCGUCUCUUCGCAAUCUAUCUGUCUGUACCGAUCGCGCCAGAAUUCC